AAGACCAGUGUCACCCAACACGUGGCCUGUUGGUUGAAAUCAUCAGUGAAUGCAUAAGGGAAUGAAGCAGAAUCCUACCCGGUGGGGGAGGAAGAAAAGAACCCAUCACAAAAGAGAGGGACCUGCCACGUACUGCUUUGAAAAGCAGGUAGACGCGCCUGUUUCAUCUGGUCUUCCCAAGAACGCCCGACGAUUGGAGUUUAAUUUUCUCCAUUUACGGAUGAAGAACGGAGAUCAGAACAGUUUCGCUGGUCACACGUAGCCGUCGCGAGGCUACAACUGCAGCCCCCAGGAUGCACCGCGCAAGGCGACCUCGCAGAGACCUUUUCAAACCGGCCAAUAGCAGCCCGCGCCGCGCUCGCCGCUCCGAGUUUAAAUCUAGGGCGGAGGCGUGUCGGCCGGGAGCAGCUGCGGGGACUCCGAGAGCGCUGGGCAUGGAAGGCGGAGACAGCAGCGACGUGCCUCCAGCCCACCGGGCGGGCGAAGCGGAGGUGGAGGGUCCCAGGAAGGAUGACAGUGUCCUCCUUCUGGCCGACGAAAGCUUCGACUUCGACCUCUCCUUGUCUUCUCUCAGUGCCAAUGAGGACGACGAGGUCUUCUUCGGACCCGUCGGGCACAGAGAGCGGUGCAUCGCUGCCCGGCUGAAAGGAGACACCCCGAGUCCCGAAGCCGGCCGCGUCCGCUGGAGCCCCCUCACCGGGGAGAAGUUCGUGGAGGUGUACAAAGAGGCCCACCUCCUGGCCUUCCAGAUCGAGAGCAGCAGCAGGAGCCAGGCGGCCCACGCUGCGCGGCCCGAGGGCGGCGAGAGGUUCAUCCAGGACUCCAGGUUGAAGAUCAGCCUGUUCGAGAAAGAAAAUGAAAGCAGGAAAAGCCCCGGCUCACUUAAGAGGGAGACGUACUGCCUGUUGGAAGGCCCCUUGAGCGGGCCGCAGCUGUCGGGCGUGCAGCCCGCCUCGGGUGUGGGUCCCCGGAGCACCGCGGCCCAGGCCCAGCUCACCCGGACGUGGGGGCCCUCGCCCCCUCCCCGUCCCUCUCUGCCCCUGGACCCCAGUCCCGUCCGCCCUCCGAGCCAGGCGGCGACUCAGAAGAGGGUCGUCAGCAGACUGCCGCCGCCCCGAGCGUCUGUCAGAGGGAAGAACACGCACUUGGCUGUGGAGAAGUCCGUGAAGGAGACACCAGCAAGUCCUUCCGGGGCGAAAACCCUGGCCGAGAAGGAGUCCCAGGGGGACAGGCCCCCGGACACGCCCAGCGCUGCCCAGGACGUCACCGGCGCGCCAGCCCGCGGAGGCCCCGGGGGCCCGGGCAAGCGAGCGCUCCCUGUGCCCAGCAAGGUGGGUCUGAAGAGAACCGCGCUGAAGCCCCCCGGCUGUGCGGCCGGUCUGGCGAGAAAGCCCGGUGCCCCGGGGGGCUUUUCGGGCGGGAGCUCCAGAGCGUGCCCGUCCCCCGUGGGGAGCACAGGUGCAUCGGGGGGACGUCGGAGCGUCUCUGCAGAAGGUUCCCGGCCUCCUUCGGACCCCCGCCAGCCAGGCCCAGGGGGGGCUGCCGCGGCCCCGCCGUCCCUGCAGGCCCGCCCUGCGGCCGUGUGCGGGCAGAGCUGGUGCCCCGGGCGGCCCGCGGCGCCCACGACGUCGGCUCCCCCCCAGCCCCAGACGCCCGAGGAGCCGCGAGGCGCGAGGCUGAGCUCCCAGACCCGUCUGCCCGGGUCUGCUCGGCGGAGUGCGGCCGGGGGCGCCAGGCGGGAGUCCUCUCUGCACUCCGGGACGAAGGCCGUGCCUGCCCCUGCGAGUCCCUUUAAAGUCCCUAAGUUUCCUGCCGGUGGACCCCCAGACAGCGCGACGCCCCGGCUCUCUCGGGCACCGAGGCCGCAGUCCUGCACGUCGACGGGGAGGGCUGUCCACGGCACUCCGGCUCGGCGUGCCUCGGGGCCCGUCUCCCGGACCCCCGUGAGUGCGCCACGCGUGGCCGCCCUGCUCACACCCGCCGGCCGCCGGCUCUCAGGCCUUCCGGUGCCGACCCCGAGGACCCAGCCCAGGACCCUGGCUGCUCCCCAGCGUGGGUCUGCUCGGCGCCUCUCUUCCGAGCCCCGGAGAAGGCCCGUGCCCGGGAGCCGGUGCUGGGACGAGCCCUCCGACGGGAGCUCUUCUCCUCCGGCGGCCGUGCCGCAGGCUCUCAGCUUCUCUCCGGAGAAGAGCGACUUCGCCCUCCCUACCAGCGUCGCCGCAGUGCAAGCACCGGACGAGGCACAGGCCCCUGCGGACAUGGCCCCGGCCGAGGUUCUGCUGGUGGACAUCCCGCUGGAGCGGCUGCGCAUCGCCCCCGCCGCGCAGAGCUCCCCGCCCGCCGACGUGGCUCUCAUUGACUUCCGCAGCCCCCCGGGGGCCGGUGGGCCCCUGAUCGACCUCCUGGUGAACACUCCGGACGCGGGCAGGAGCGCCGCGGCCAAGCUGCCCCCCCACGUGGGACAGCUGGUGGACCCGUGCGCCCCGCUGAUCCAGCUGAGCCCCGAGGCCGACAAGGAAAACAUGGACUCACCGCUGCUCAAGUUCUGAGCAGGACACGCGGGAGCCUGGCGUGUCACCCUCUGUCACAAGAACGGCCCAUCCUCGGGCGGUCUGCGACCCUCAGAGAUGAGUUUUAGGAGAGACUGUGUCGGAAACACCCAAGGGAAACCGCCGUGCUCGGUGCGGGGGUGGGGGGGGAGACUGCGGGAGUGGGGCGAGCCCGUGCCCGCCCAGCUGUUCCAGCCCCCCGCCGCUCCCUGCGCCGGGCGGGAGUCAGAAGCCCCCCCAGAUGGGAGUUGCUUUGAAUGUGUUUUUAUGUAAAAUAGCAAGUCACCAUUUUAAAAACUAGGUUUAUUGUAUGAAAAGUUAAGUAUUCUAGAUUUAAGUUAAGUUGUAAAUGAAAAUAUAUUAAAGCGUAUCUUGAUUUUCACA